AAAAGUAAUAGGCAGAAUAUAUAGCUAAAAGAAAUCUGUCAAGUUUUUUCAUUGCUGGUAUCUGUUAGUAUCUUGACGUGAACAUAACUUCACAAUUAUCGUCAGAGAAAAACAUCCUAAACAAUCAGCAAAGAUAGCCAUAGGAAAUUAAGGAAUUUAUAAGCUGGAGUAGCACCUAUAAUACCUACAUAUAUAUAAAAAUAUUGAUCCGUCAAAUAACUUAAUGCAUUGUUGAAUACUAAAAGUCAACUCUAACAAAUAUGACUCCUAAAUCGCAUAAUAUAUGCUUCACUUAAAUAAGCGCAAUUUCCAACCAAUCUCAAAAAUUAGAUUAUUUUUCUAAUAUUAUUUCACGAGGAAUCAUUGCGUACAUACUACAGCUUGCAAGAUCUGACACAGGAUAACUCUUAAACAGUCCAGCCAGUCAAGAUUCGAAAACCAGAGGGCACAUAAAGGCAGGAGACCUUCAAAAAGAAUACAAAAAACAUUAAAGUGUGACUUAGAUGAUUUCUGGCUAUUCAGAUGACUUGGAUGACUGCAAUCAAAAUGAUGUUACUGGAUACCAAAAUCACAGGAUCGAGAGAGACAAAAAAAGAAACUCAAUGAAUCCUCAUUGUGUCUUUUCUUACAUGGAAAUUAUCAUAAAAAUUGCCCUAAAAUAAUUGAAAUCAAAUUUAAAUCCAACAAGGAAUUACAGAAUAAUCUAUCUUAUAAUAAAUAUUUAUACAAGAUUUUAAACGUUUCAAUAUUCCUAAAACUUCAGGGAGCAAACAGUGGAAAAAAUUCAAGAUAAAUAGAUUCAAGUGUAAACUGAACAGGUGCGGAGGCAAAUUGACGCAAGAAAUACUUGGAUUUAUGCAAACAGUGUAAAGUUUCACAAACAAUUUACUUGUAACUCUGUUAGUGUAGGUAUUGGUGUCAGUGAUAGCACUCGUGCACAAUUGUACCCAGCUAUGAAAAACUAGACAGAAGGUCCAUUUAUCCACUCCUCCGUGAAGUUAAUAUAAUAGAUUAUUAUACAACGUCCUAGUAUAAAACAUAAAAUAGACAAAGGACUUCAAAAAUUAUAUAAGUGUAACUGUGAAUAUUAGCCUCACGAGAAGUGUCGGCAUUUCAGAAAUUUCAAGUGUUCGUGCAUUCGACAUUGUGGGUUUCUUCAUGUAACGCUCUUGCAUUCUCAAAGGUAGAGAAUCAACAUGAUAAAUAAUCAACAGCGCGUCAUCCUGAAUGCAACCGAGACACAAAAUCAUCAACCAGUGUCAGCCAAACCUUCUGUAGUUUCAGUAUCAAGCAUUGAUUCUGACGUUAGUGAUAGAAGAGAUGUCCGUGAGGCACUUUAUGCCGGCAUCUUUCGAAGACAUAGGAAAACUAUCUUAGUUUUGGGAAGCUUCCUCAAAAUGCUCAGGACUUAUGUCAGAGAGGCGUUAUGUCGGUUCGCCAAAAAUCCAGGAAAAAUUUAUAUAUAUCAGACAUACUUGGAUAGAAUACAUGCUCUCUGGGUCAAGUAUUCGUUUUAAUCGCAUCAUAGAAACAGAAUGCAUUAUAAAUAAAGAGAACCAAAAGUUAAAAACAAUUUUCUAAUAAGUAAAUUUGUUUACAUAAAAUUUGCUCUAGGAUUUAAUUUAAUUAAUGAUUUUCACCCAACAAAAUCAUACACAUGAUUAUCGACUAAUGACUUCUUUUUCCAAGUCAGAAAAGGAAAAGAACUAUAACAGAAAAUUGAGGAAAGAAAAACUGAGAGAUGAAUAUAUGUAAAUUAUAUUAAAGUCCGAUUCCUCUGACACUUUUUGGAUAUAAACUCGGCUUAUCUUAAAAAUUAAUAUGAGUGAUUGUCUAAUCAUGUAGUUAAACCAAUUUUAAAUAUUAAACUGUAUUGAAGAAAUCGAGUCUAAGUUAGAUCUCGAAGGUGGUGUAUCGGUGCAAUAAAUUUCAUUGCCAGGCA